AAAAAAAAACUAUUGAGCUAUAAAAAAUGUGUGUCUCUCAUUCUAGAAAAUUCAAUUUUCGCAGUAAAUGCGUUUCUGCAUUUGUCAGUCGACGAUAUAAAAGCCUCAAAUUAAAUUAAAAGCACAGUUUAUUUUAUCUCUGCAAUGCGCGACUUGAAAAUUGAAGUGAAUAAUAACAAUAAAGAUGGAAUUGACGAGAGUCUUUAUUCGCGUCAGCUUUACGUUCUCGGUCAUGAUGCGAUGAGACGUAUGCAAAGUGCAGACGUUUUAAUAUCAGGACUUGGUGGAUUGGGUGUUGAAAUUGCCAAAAGCAUCAUCCUUGGUGGUGUAAAGUCUGUGACAUUACACGAUACAAAAAUCUGCACCGUCAAGGACUUGGGAACUCAAUUUUAUCUCAACAAGUGUUGCCUUGGACGUAAUCGUGCAGAAAGUUGUGCAGAAAAAUUAGCAGAAUUAAACAAUUAUGUCACUACGAGUGUGAUUACGGAUGAAUUGUGUGAGAAUGUCAUCAAUAAAUUUCGUGUCGUUGUGCUGACUGAAACGAGUUCGAAAGAGCAAAAGAGAAUUUCUGAAAUUUGUCGUCAGCAUAAAGUCGCUUUAAUCAUUGCUGAUACAAAGGGAUUAUUUGGUCAGAUUUUUUGCGAUUUUGGCGAAAACUUUAUCGUUUACGAUGACGAUGGCAUCGCACCAAAAACUGGACACAUUAUUGGGAUAUCAAAGGAAAAUGAAGGCGUUAUAAACACAGAGAAAUGGCAUAAUCUUUUCGAUGGUGAUUAUGUCACGUUUUCUGGAAUUUCAGGAAUGACAGAAUUGAAUCAAUGCAAAGCUAUAAAAGUAAAUAAAAUUGGAAAUUAUUCGUUCAGCAUUGGCGACACGAGUGAAUUUAACGAUUAUAUCGACGGAGGAACAUUUACACAAAUAAAGAUGCCAAAAACGGUGUCCUUCAAACCGCUUCACAUAGCUGAAAAUGAGGCCGAGUUCACAUUCAUGUUAAUGGACUUAAAUAAAUUUGAAAAUCCGCGACAGAUACAAAUGGCAUUUACUGCUUAUCAUCGUUUUGUUGAAAAAAAUGACCGUGAACCACAGCCAUGGAGUGAGUCUGAUGCGAUGGAAUUUAUGCGCAUUUGCCUUGACCGUGCUGGUGAACUGAAUAUUGAUGUUGAUGCAAAACUUGUGACGUCAUUUUCAAAAAUUUGUACAGGAAAUUUAGCACCAAUGAAUGCAAUUAUCGGUGGAAUUACAGCACAGGAAGUAAUGAAAGCAUGCAGCGGUAAAUUUAUGCCAAUUUUACAAUACUUUUGCUUCGACGCCCUCGAAUGUUUACGUGAUGAAGAGUCAAUGCCAAAAUAUAUAUCACAAUGCUGUGGCUCACGUUAUGAUUCUCAAUCGAUCGUGUUUGGCGAUGACGUACAAAGAAAACUUGAGGAUUUACGUUAUUUUAUUGUCGGUGCUGGUGCAAUUGGAUGUGAAUUGCUUAAGAAUUUCUCAAUGAUGGGCAUUGGAUGUGGAAAUGGUGGUGUUGUAAUAACAGAUAUGGAUCUUAUUGAAAAAUCCAAUUUAAAUCGACAAUUUCUCUUUCGUCCAUCGGACGUGGGACAACCAAAGUCACGUAUAGCUGCAAAGGCAUCCAAGGCAAUGAAUCCUGAACUCAACAUUGUACAUCAUGAAAAUAAAGUUUGUGCUGAGACUGAAAAGAUUUACAGUGAAUUUUUCUUCGACAAAAUCGAUGGCGUAGCAACUGCACUAGACAACGUUGAUGCACGUCUAUUUAUCGAUCGAAAGUGUGUCAUUUACCAUAAGCCCUUAAUUGAUUCCGGAACAUUGGGUGCUAUGGGAAAUAUUCAAUGUAUUAUUCCACAUCUGACAGAAUCUUAUUCAUCAUCUGUCGAUCCACCAGAACAAAAUGUACCCGUAUGUACUCUACGUCAUUUUCCAAAUGCCAUUGAGCACACAAUACAAUGGGCUCGUGAUAAAUUUGAGGGUCUCUUCACAAGCGAAGCAAUUGAUGCUGAAAAGUUUCUAAACGAUGAGAAUUAUUUACAAAAUCUUUUAUCAACAUCAACCGUAUCGACAUUAGAGUGUUUACAGUCUAUCAAAAAGGCACUGAUUGAUGAGCGUCCAUUAAACUUUCCUGAUUGUAUACACUGGGCUAGAAAUCAAUUUGAGGAACUGUACACAAAUCAAAUUCGACAAUUGUUACACAAUUUUCCACCGGAUCAAAUUAUGCCUAGUGGACAGCCAUUCUGGUCAGGUAUGAAAAAAAUGCCAACUCAAAUUAUGUUUGAUGUCAGUCAGCGUUUACAUAUGGACUUUAUUUUAUCAUGUGCCAAUCUGAGAGCUGAAAUGUAUGGAAUUGAACAGAAUCGUGAUUAUGCAUACGCAAUUGAGACUGUCCAAAAAGUUGUUGUACCAGAUUUUGAACCAAAAUCUGGCAUUAAAAUUCCCAUGAAUGAUACAGAAAUUGAGGAUAGCAAUAAUAAUGAUGAAGAAGCUGACGAGAAUCUCAUUAAACAAUUAGCAGGUGAAUUAAUGACUGUAAAUAAAUCAACACUAAACUUCCAACCGUUAAGAUUCGAAAAAGAUGAUGAUGCUAAUUUGCACAUGGAUUUUGUGACGGCUGCAAGCAACUUGAGAGCGACUAAUUAUAAAAUUUUACCGGCUGAUAAGUUUAAAACGAAAUUAAUUGCUGGAAAAAUUAUUGCAGCUAUUGCCACGUGCACAUCUGUUGUUGCUGGAUUUGUAUGCUUGGAAAUAUAUAAAAUUGCUCAAGGAUUUGACGACGUUACGAAAUUCCAAAAUCGUUAUUUCAACCUCGCCGAUAACACCUAUGCCUUCUCAGAACCGAAACCAGCAUUAAUAAGUAAAUUUUAUGAUACACCUUACACAAUUUGGGAUCGAUUUGAAAUAAACAAUCCACUAACACUGCGACAACUGUUAGAUUACUUCAAGAAUGAACACAAACUUGAAAUUACAAUGCUGUCACAGAAUGUGACAAUGUUGUUUACGUUCUUUAUGUCGGAAAAGAAACUAAGAGAACGUGAAAAUUUACUGAUAGAUGAAUGCAUUGAGCAUAUAAUGGAGGAGAAAAUUGAGCCACAUAUCAAGUCCUUGAUAUUAGAAGCAUACUGUGUCGAUGAGAAUGAUGUUGAAGUUGAAGUACCGUACAUCAGAUAUGUUCUCAAGUCGUAAAUACAUUUUUUUAUUAUUUUUUUUUUGUUACUGUUGCCUGUACAUGAAGAUAUCUUAAUAAUAAUAUUGAUUACUCAAGCGUG